GAUUGUCUUGAUGUUCAUCCGGUGGAGAUUUGGAAUUGGGUGUGUUGGGUAAGGGUGUGACGCCAUUGUGGACGCAGGUGCAGCACAGCUUGGAAGAUUGACGCCAUCCCUUUCGUCAUGGGAACGACUUCAUCUGCUACCCCAACAGUACUCACAUUAAUCUCCCUCUCUUUCCCUUUUCCAAUCAGUCCCCACGAUUUUCCUCUCCCUUUCUCUCUCUUCAAUUCCCCAUUUCUGCUCCAUAGAAAGGAGUCCUAGCUUUUUGGGUUCCUGAAAGCGACGAACAAACUCCUGGUUGCCGCCACUUCUGGGUUUGCUUUUUGAUUUCUGUUGCUUCCUCGUUAGGGUAUCCCUAAUUUUGCUUUGUUCGUCUCGAUUUUCACUUGGGCAAUUCUUUGUUUCGCUUGUGGUUUUUGGGUCUUUCUUUGUUUGAUUGAUUCCCUUUUGGAAGUGGGCAUUUGAUGUUCCCAAAGAUUCCAUGGACCAGUUCUUUUGUUUCUCUCUUUGACCCAUUUCUGCUUUCGAAUGUUGUAUCCAACCAGGGCUUCGAUUGUACAUUCUAAGCUUAGUUCGAUGCUGAAUUCGUUGCGAUUUGGAAUUUUAUGUACUCUCAGUUCUUAGGGUUUUGAUUUGAAUUACUUGAAUGCCGAUUUCUUUGAAGGGGCUCUGUUCAUGUAGUUUGAAUGAAUUCUUUAUGAUCAGUUCCUUGUUGUCCUGUUUUGGAAUUACGUAUUGCUCUAGCUUCGUUUGUUUCUCAAAUUCAGCAUCGGAUCGUUCUUGCUCUCUCUAGAAUUGACUAGUUACAAGCUUAGAGCUCAAGUGUUUUGUUCUUCCCAAGUUUGAUGGCUGAUUCACAUGAACCAUCAUCAUCUUUGAGCUUCACUUCAUCUUCAUAUACAAAUGGGUCACAGAGUUGUAACAUGUCCACUUCUUCUGUCUCUGAUCCAGUGCCUAGUCUUGAAGUGAUCAGUUUAAAUAAGCUUAGCUCUAAUUUGGCUCAGCUUUUGAUUGAUGAUGGUUGUGAUUAUACUGAUGCGGAUAUUGUAGUUGAGGGUGUUCCUGUCGGUAUUCACCGUUGUAUUUUGGCUGCUAGGAGUAGGUUUUUCCAUGACCUUUUUCGAGAAAAAGCGUCGAUAAAAGAUGGCAAACCACAGUAUUGUAUGAAUGAGUUGUUGCCUUAUGGCAAGGUUGGACAUGAAGCCUUCUUGAUAUUGUUGAGUUACUUGUAUACUGGAAAGUUGAAGCCAUCUCCUGCAGAUGUGUCGACUUGUGUCGACAGUUCGUGUGCUCAUGAUGCUUGUGGACCUGCUAUUGAUUUUGCUGUGCAAUUGACAUAUGCAUCUUCUAUAUUUCAAAUACCAGAGCUGGUUUCAUUGUUUCAGCGACACCUAUCUAACUAUGUUGUGAAGACUUUAGUGGAAAAUGUCAUCCAAAUCCUAGUGGUAGCUUUCCGCUGCCAAUUGAGCCCUCUUGUCACUCAAUGCAUUGACAGAAUAGCUCGAUCUGAUCUCGAUUGUGUUUCUCUCGAGAAAGGACUUCCAUAUGAGGUUGCUGAAAGCAUUAAAAUGGUUCGGCUUAAGCUUCAGAGUGAUGAUGAGCAAAGUCUUGUUCCUGAUAGUCCUCUUGAUAAGAGAAUCAAGAGAAUAUGCCAGGCAUUAGAUUCAGAUGAUGUUGAACUCUUGAAACUUCUUUUAUCUGAAUCAGAUGUAACACUGGAUGAAGCCAACGCCUUGCAUUACGCUGCAGCGUACUGCGAUCCCAAGACUCUAUCUGAGGUUCUUAAUUUGGAUUUAGCUGAUGUAAACCUCCGAAAUUCACGUGGUUAUACUGUCCUCCAUCUUGCUGCUAUGCGUAAGGAUCCGUCUGUGAUAAUAUCGCUUCUUAACAAGGGAGCUCGAGCAUUUGAAUUGACCCUGGAUGGUCGGACUGCUGCAAAUAUCUGUCAAAGGUUAACAAGACCAAAAGAUUAUUAUGCUAAAACAGAGAAAGGGCAGGAAGCAAACAAAGACCGUUUGUGCAUUGACAUUUUAGAGAGAGAAAUGUGGAGGAUUCCAACUUCAGAUUCAUCCAUUCUUUCCUUGACGAUGGCUGAUGAUGUGCACAUGAAGUUAAUUUACCUGGAAAACAGAGUAGCAUUUGCACGACUACUCUUCCCAUCGGAGGCCAGGGUAGCUAUGGACAUUGCAAAUGUUGAUACAACUUCUGAGUUUGUUGGUCUUUCUAUGCCCAAAGGUUCAAAUAAGAAUCUGAGGGAAGUUGAUUUAAAUGAAACACCAAGUGUGCAGAACAAGAGAUUUCUUUCCAGAAUGCAGGCCCUUUUGAAAACAGUGGAAACGGGUAGACGCUACUUUCCUAACUGCUCAGAAGCACUGGAUAAGUUCAUGGGAGAUGGCCUUCCUGAUCUAUUUUACCUUGAGAAUGGCACUGCUGAGGAGCAACGGAUUAAGCGGAAGCGUUUCAGGGAGCUUAAAAACGAUGUUCAGAAGGCAUUUGAUAAAGAUAAAGCUGCAAAGAUUAACCGAUCUGGGUUGUCUCCAUCGUCGUCCUCAACAUCAUUGAAGGAUGAUGCCAACCCCUACAAGGUCAGGACACAGUAAAGCCAUUAUGUAUUUAAGUAGAAUAAACUGAAAGAAAUGCAACCUUGAUCUUAAUGCAUUGAAAGUUUUGCCCUUUGUACAAUGAGUAAACUAGGGAGGCAAAGACUCUAAUUCUUCCCCUGCAUUAAGAAUAAAUAAGAAAAUCUUAAUGUUGGAAUGUUUAGCAA